UCCUAGUCUAGAAGACCCAAAGUUUACACUUUGGGAUGAAGAAGACUCCAUGAUUAUGUCAUGGCUGUGGAACUCUAUUAUGCCAGAAGUUUGUGGGCCUUAUAUGUUUCUGGUUACAGCAAAAGACAUAUGGGAUGCAGUGAGAUAGACCUACUCUAAAGUGAAGGAUGCUGCAUUAAUCUAUGAGAUUAAGAUGAAGCUUUCAAUGACCAAACAAGGUAAUAUGAUGGUUAUUGAAUAUUACAAUACUAUGAAAAGUUUCUGGUUGGAAUUGGACUAUUAUCAGGAUUUUAAGAUGCAAUGUAGUGAGGAUGCUGUGAUUUUAAAGAAUUAUGUAGAAAGAGAAAGGAUCUUUGAAUUUCUUGCAGGACUCAACAUAGAAUUUGAUCAAAUGCGAGUCCAAAUACUUGGAAAGGAAUCCCUGCCCUCACUCAAUGAGGUAUUUUCAAUAAUAAGGGCUGAAGAAGGAAGGAGAACUGUGAUGCUUGAGGUUCCAAAUACUGAAGGUUCUGCUAUGAUGAUAACUAAUAGUAGAAACCUAAGUGAUGCUAGCAGAAACCAAAGUGAUGCCAUGAAUGGUGCAGAAGUGGUGAAGACUGAAGGGAGAAAAUUCUUUAAGGAUGAUCAGUUUUGUAACUAUUGCAAGAAAACAGGUCAUACAAAGGAGACCUGCUGGAAACUCCAUGGAAAACCACCAAGGAUGGGGCGUAAUGGAGGACAAAAAUGGAACCAUUCAAGAGGACAUGCACACUUAACAAAUUCAGAAGAGGCAGCACAUGAGUCCAGCACCCUAGAGGUGAGAGAAUUCAACAAAGAGGAGAUUGAACGCCUAAGAACCUUACUCAACACAAUGGAGAAACCAUCUGGAUCAUGCUCUCUUGCUCAAAAUGGACCUAGCUACGGGGAGGACGAUUGGGCAAGCUAGAGUCAAGGAUGGGCUGUACAUGCUUGGAGUGCAAGGCAGCAGUAGUAACUCCCCUUCUCUAUCAUUCAUUUCAGUUAAUUCUAAUAAAAUUGAUGUUUGGAAUCAUCAUCGUCGUUUAGGACAUCUAUCAUUUAAGACUCUUAGGAACAUGUUUCCAUCUUUAUUUAAAAAUCUUGAUGUUGAACAAUUUCAUUGUGAAAUCUGUGAAUUUGCAAAGCACCAUAGAGUGCCUUUUCCUAUAA